AUGGAUGAAACAGAAAAGUUCCCACUUUUGGAGGAGCAUGCACACAUUGUAAAUACAUGUGGAUCUGAACUAAGUCUAUGUCUGGAGUCCAAAUUUGGCUGCACUGCAGUGUUUCAUGGUGUUGAAGCUGCUUCUAGUUCAUCCUUCAAUGGCAGCAUGCAACCCAAAAAAGUUACUCCUGAGAAGAGGUAUUCCAUACAGCUUCCCAAAGGCCUCAAGGUUUCCGUCUGGAAGGAUGACCUCACAUCUCAUCAGGUGGAUGCUGUGGUUAAUGCAGCCAAUGAACAACUCCAACAUGGUGGAGGUCUUGCAUUAGCACUUGCAAAUGCUGGGGGACCAGAGAUUACACGAGAGAGUGAGAGAAUAAUAAAAAAUCAUGGAAAUGUAAAAACUGGAGAUGCGGUCGUCACUCGUGCUGGAAAUCUUCUCUGCAAAAGGGUCAUACAUGCUGUUGGUCCAUACCUUAAGCCCAAUCCAAGUAAGAAAGACGUUGAAAAGGCCGCACCGUUUUUACAGAGGGCAGUCAUCAGUAUCCUUGAGUGCCUACAGAAAGAAAACCUUCGGUCUGUUGCCAUUCCUGCUCUGAGUUCUGGCCUUUUCAAUUUUCCAUUGGAGAGUUGUGCUGAGAUCAUUGUGAGAACCUUGAAAGAGUAUCAUGACUCCAGCCCAGUCAGCAAGUGUCAGGCCAUUGAAGUUCGUCUGGUGAAUCACGAUGAGCCGUCAGUGAGUGAGAUGGAGAAAGCAUGUCACAAGAUUCUUGAACCUAAUUCAUACAGUAAAGCUGUGAGCAUGGGAACAUCCUCUGAUACCCGUUCUGUCAAAAUGAACGCCGUUUCUCUCCACAUUAAAAAAGGAUAUAUUCAAAGAGAGCAGACAUGUGUCAUUGUGAACACAACAUCUCCUCAACUGGACCUGGCAGUUGGCGCCAUUUCCAAAGCCAUAUUGGAUAAGGCUGGGAGAGAGCUUCAGACUGAGAUCAGAAAAACAUAUUAUGCUUACUUUGGAGAUGUCAUUAAAACAAAAGGAUAUAAACUUGACUGCCAGUUUGUAUACCACGUGUUGUGCAAGCAUAAAGUACAAGGUGAUAGGACUGCAGAAAAGAUGCUUGGUGAAAUUGUUUCAAAGUGUUUGCACAUGGCAGCACGAGAUAACAUGACAUCAAUCUCUUUCCCUGCUAUUGGCUCUGGUGAAUUGCGCUUCAAAAGCCAUGAGGUUGCUGAUAUCAUGACAGCAGCCGUGGUGGACUUUUCCAAACGAUACACGGGACGCCCUAUGGAUGUCCAUUUCAUUUUGUACCCCCCUGAUAAAGACAUAUACACGGCCUUUGAAAAGGAACUGACAUCGAUUCAAAUGAAUCUCAGGUCCACUGUCAACCAAGGUUCCAUCUCUCAUGAACGACAAGCUGGUCGUGAGGUUCAACCACUCAUUGAGCUCCGUGCGCGUUCUCCAGAAGCACAGAGAGAGGCCAAAAGAUGGAUAACCGAUCUGUUUAUGAAGCAUCAGAGCACCACGAUAAAUAACAACCAUGUCAUGCACUUUGGCCAAAAAGAUCAUGAAGAAUUGUUGUCUCUCCAGACCAUGUUUAAUGUAAACUUGAGAGUGUUCUGUAGAGAUGGUCGGGCUGGAGUUACCAUCACUGGGGACUCUGGAGAUGUCAAGGCUGCAGCUGUUCGUAUAGAGGCCAUGUGCUGCAGGGCUCAGGAGGAUUUUGCCUUGGCUGAAGAGAGUGACAUGCUGCACUCCCUGGUGCGCUGGCAAUGCAAAGAUCUCCCAGACUUGCAGGAACCAAAGAUAAACGCUGAUGUAGAAAAGGCCUAUCUUGCUGGUGACAAAACCGUAAGGCUUUCUGAGAAUCUCUGGGUGAAUUUAAGAACAAAUAAGGUGGAGAAUGAUCGAGGGAACUCCAGUGAUGUUUCCAGGAUCUGUUUUUUUGAUUCCUAUGGGAAACACAGGUUAUCCAGUGGGUCAUUUUAUGAGAGGGAUCCUAUGAAAGACGGUCAUUCUACGUGGCAGAGAAAGGAAAUAUUUGAAAAAAAUGGACUUCAAAUUGUCAAGGUGGAGCGUGUUGAGAACAUGGCACUCAGGCAACUUUUCGAGUUGAACGGAAAGAGAGUAUCAGGCAAACCUCGGCGUCUAUACCAGCGUGUGUCUGCUCAGUUCUGUGAGCUGAUCUGUAGAGUGGGAUUUCAGAGGGAGUACGCCCCACCUGAUGAGCAAAAGUAUGGAGCAGGAAUCUACUUCAGUACUGAUCUGGACACAGCCAGGAAAUUGUGGAGGGGCCCCAGAGACGAGGAGUACAUGUACUUCUUCGAAGCUGAAGUGCUCGCUGGGAAGACCACCAGAGGUUCAUCAGACAUGAUCAUACCACCGUCAAUUAAUGGUGACCCACUGGUCCGUUAUGACAGCGUUACAGAUUCAAGUCAAAACAUAUCUGUGAUCUUCAGCAGCCAGCAGGCUCUCCCUCUGUACCUGAUUACAUGCAAACCUCGUAGGCAGACCACCUCUUCUGUUUGAUUAAGCCAUGUGAAUUUCUGAGCUUUAGUGAUCUGUCAUUUAAUCCUAACUCACCAAGUUAUGUCACAGUCUGAUGACAGGUUCCGACU